GUGCUUUGAGUGAAUGAACCCCUUGGAAAAGGCUCUUCUGUGCUGCCAGCCGGCACCCCCAGGGAGCAGGGAAGCCCCCUGGGGCUCCUCUACCCAGGAAGACUGUUCUUCCCCAGGACUUCCAGAAACUACCUCAUGCUUGGAGGAUCGUGGUAGCCAUGGCCCUUCUACUCGAUGUCCUCCUGCUGCUGGGGCUCUGGGCAAAUACCAUUUCCGGAGGGCAGCCCGCAUCCACGAACAGGCCUGGAGAUUUCAAUUAUGAGUUGCCUGCCACAAAGUAUGAGACUCGAGACGACUAUGAAGCUGGGCCCGCGGGUCUCCUUUUCCACAUGGUGCAUCUCUUUCUUUAUGUGGUGCAGCCCCGCGAUUUCCCAAUAGAUUCCAUCAGAGAAAUCCUAAAGCAGAAAUCUGAGCCUUCAAUUGACUAUCAGAAGGUUGCCUAUUAUGAAAUGGGCAUUAUUAUAUGCGCUGUCCUGGGCCUGCUGUUUGUUAUUCUGAUGCCUGUGGUAGGAUUUUUCUUCUGUAUGUGUCGCUGCUGUAACAAAUGUGGGGGGAAAAUGCACCAGCGGCAGAAGAAGAGCGGACGUUGCCAGAGGAAGUGCUUUGCAGUCUCCCUCCUGGUGAUGUGUUUUCUCAUCAGCAUUGGCAUCUUCUGCGGCUUUGUGGCCAACAUCCACGUCCAAACCUGGAUGAACAACACGCAGAAACUGGCAACCAGCAAUUUUAAAGACUUGCGAACACUCCUGAAUGAAACCCCAAAGCAAAUCCACUAUAUCCUGGCUCAGUACAACACUACCAGGGACCAGGCCUUCUCAGAUCUGGACAGAAUUCAUACCUUGCUGGGAGCUGGAAUCCUCGAAAAACUGAAACCUGAAGUGGUCCCAGUCCUAAAUGACGUCAAAGCCAUGGCGACAGCAAUCAUAAGGACCCACGAGUCCCUGGAGAACAUGGAAAACAGCUUGCAGAGCCUGAGUAAUGGGAGUUCCCAGCUUAACAACAGCCUGACCAAUGUGAAAGACAACAUCCAGAACUCACUCAACGACAACGACUGUUCUUCAGCCCGAGACCAGGAAACCUGUAACCGCGUCAGGGCAUCUCUAAGUCAGCUGGAGAUCAACCCUGAGUUGGGUCAGCUCCCGUCUGUGGAUCAGCAACUUAGUCGUGUGAAUGAGAUUCUUAAAACUGAUUUGGAUAAGCUAGCCACACAGGGAUCUAGAUCCUUGGAGGAUAUACCCAACACAAUAAAAAACCAAACCACAGAGGUCGUAGCAGAUGUUAAAGCGGUCUUGAAUUCCAUUGGCCACAACAUUGACAGUGUUUCCCAACAGAUACCUAUUCAGAGCACUCUGUCAUCUUUCGAAGAUUACCUUAACGAUACUGAGUACUACUUCUACUAUUAUACAUCUAUUGUAGAAAAGAAUGAUUCUUUCUGGUGGUUGAGCAGCUUGAUCAUCUGCUUCCUGCUGAGCCUCAUCGUGCUGUUUUUUUACCUGGGCUUGCUGUGUGGCAUAUGUGGCUAUGACAGGCACGCCACCCCAACCACCCGAGGCUGCGUGUCCAACAUGGGAGGCAUCUUCCUCAUGACUGGAGUUGGAUUAAGUUUCCUCUUUUGCUGGAUAUUGAUGUUUAUUGUGACUCUUACUUUUGUCAUUGGAGCAAAUAUGGAAAAAUUGGUCUGUGAACCUUAUGCAAACAAGAAGUUAUUCCAGGUUUUGGACACCCCCUACUUACUAAAUCAGGAUUGGAAAUAUUUUCUUUCUGGCAUGAUGUUCAGUAGCUCAGAUAUUGAGCUUACUUUUGAACAAGUUUACAGUGAUUGCAAAAAUGAUAAAGGCGUUUAUACCGCACUUCAGCUUCAGCACAUCUUCAAUAUUGACGAUCAUCUCAACAUCCAGCAGCAUACUGGAAACAUAAUGAGAGAAUUUGAAAAUCUCAACUUACGUCUUGAUAGCAUCACAUUGCUGGAUGAUGCAGGAAGAAGAAAUCUCCAGGAGUUUGCUGAAUCUGGGGUAGAUAAGCUAGCUUAUGACACCUACUUGGCUCAGGCUGAUAAAUCCCCUGUAAAAACGAAUCUUUUAGGAUUUGCAUCUAUACUAGAAGCAGAAGCAAACCGUUUGUCCUCAGGAAGUUUGAGACAGUCCCUGAAAACGGAAGCACAAACUAUCAGAACGAUUUACCAGCAUCAAGUCCUGCCCAUGGAACAAUCACUGAGUACUUUACAGCAAAGUGUCCAGAUCCUUCAACACACAACCAGUGGACUGCCGACCAAAGUGGCCAAGAUCCUAUACAAUUUGGAUUCUGCUCAGAACUUCGUCACAAAUAAUACUUCCUCUAUUAUUGUUAAAGAGACGAAGCAAUUUGUCACAACAAUAAUAGGAUACUUUGAACAUUACCUGCAGUGGGUGAAGUUUGCUAUCUCUGAGAAAAUGGCAACGUGUAAACCCAUGGCCACUGCCCUGGAUUCCGCUGUCAAGGUCUUUCUGUGUGGAUACACUGUGGACCCUCUGAAUUUGUUCUGGUUUGGCAUAGGAAAAGCAACUGUGUUUUUACUUCCGGCUCUAAUCUUGGCUGUCAAGUUGGCCAAGUACUAUCGCCAAAUGCAGUCAGAGGACAUUUAUGAUAAUGUUGAGACUGUACCCAUGAAAAAUAUGGAAAAUGGUAAUAAUGGUUAUCAUAAAGAUCAUUUAUAUGGUGUUCACAAUCCUGUCAUGCAAGCGGGGUACGAUUUUGACAGCUGGAGCUGAAGUUGCUUGAGCAUCAAGACAGUCAAAAAUGGAAAAGAUCAUAGACUUGUGACAGUUUCUGGGCCUACAAGAACUUUCCAAAGCAAGGGGGUGUGAGGCCAUGGUGACUUGGGUGUAUAGAACAUUAGUGCCAUGGGUCCCUGGGCGGUACUUUGUUGGGAAUGAACAUCGCCAUGUGUAUGGCCCACGUAUCCAUCACUGUUCAAGGGUCAUAUCCCCUCCUCCUGUUUACCUUUUUUAUACAUUGAGUUUGUAUUUAGACACUGAGACAUCUGAGGUGCCCUCUUUCCCCCAUUGGAUGUAGUUCUGUCAGUCAGCACUUCAGACGUGAAAGCUGGGCUCUGAACUUAUUUCUGUAUGUGGAGUGUGCUAAACAUAUCCCGGUUUACAAGAAAGAUGUAUUUUGUGUCUAGUAAGUUGUACAUAUACCUUCUACCACAGUCAGAGUGUUUUUGAACAGAUGAGUCAUACUAUAAAUUUUCUUCUAAGUGAGGUCACUAUGGAAUUAUUGGUUCUGUUGGAAAUAACCUAUGCCUUGUAACCUGAGGCAAUCCUCCUGGGUUUUCAUCUGCUCUGUCAAUGAUUUGUGGUGCUUGGAAAUAGAAUGCAAAAUGCAGUCAGAAACCUGCUUUCGCUAGUAGAGAAAUGGGCUUUACUCCACUAGCAAAUUCAACACAGAGAGGUAUCUCAAGAGAAAGCAGCGUUGUUCAUCAGAAACUGCGGUUAUUUUUAAUAGAUGCCAAUCACAGUGUAUGCUGUAAUGGAGUUUUCUGAUUUGAAGGAGUGGGAAUUAAUCAGAGCAUCAUCUGAUUAUUAGUGAGGAUGCUAACAAGAUGAUCUUGUCAUUACCCCUUGAUUUGGUAUCCAUUAUGAAUGAAGCCUUUGAGUCUGGUCCUUUAAAAAAAAUGCAGGAAAUCUCAGAGUCAGUGCUGUGCAUUUUUCAUGUUGGAACUGACCUUUUCAAAAGUGAUCAGCAAUGAAAAACUGGUCAAAUCAAAGUCAACAUUUACGUAAGGUACAGCUUCUUAUCAGGUCUUUUUCAUGUGCGGAUCACAGUCCUUGUUCAUUUCAA